AUGGGACAUCCACCCGCUACGGACGGCGAUUUGACCUUAUCUGAACUAUUACAUGCUCUGCUAGAAGUUGCGGCCAAAUUUCAACACCCAUUGACAAAAGAUGAGACACCUUUCAUUGUCAAGCUCGAUUUUAAAAGUAGCCGAGCGUUCGAAACAUCGUUCGAAUUGCUGGCCAUGUUCGUGGCGAAGUACCCAUACACUAAGGGUGUUUUCAUCAAUGCAGAUAUUUUACCAGGACCUGAAAACUCAAACUCUGUCGCUUUUGAUGCCACAACGUUCGUAAAACAGGUGGAGAUUGUGAUAUAG